GGCGCGUGCUACCAGGUCGGGAGCGCGCGGGUGUGUCGGGAGCGCGCCGUGCCCGCGCUGCCUGCGCCCAGUCCGUCCGGAGCUGCUGCUGCUGCGUGCCGGCGCUGUAACGUCACGCCGAAUGGCGGCGUGCUGAGGAGUUCAACGGAAUAACGCGAAGCAGUCUCAUGUUGAGGAAGACCUCCGACCUCCGUGCUCCGGUCCAGACUGGAUUCUAACAUUCGCUUCUGCAUUUCUGCAUUUCUGCAUUUCUGCCGUAUGAUAAACACCGCCCACCUAGCUCUCACGCGCGCUCCGUGAUUUGCACCUCUAAUCGGGUCUUUAAAAAAAAAGAAAAAAAAAAGAAAAGACACGCACCGGACAGCCAUGGCCGAGCGCAACUCCAGCGGCUUGAUGAUGAUGAUGAUGAUGGUGGAGCCGAGCCUCCCGGCGGAGGUGCGCGAGAAGCUGGCCGAGCUCGAGCUCGAGCUCUCUGAAGGAGACAUUACACAGAAGGGCUAUGAGAAGAAGAGAGGAAAGCUGCUAGCACCCUACAUACCGCAGAUACAAGGCGUAGACCCCUCUCUGCAGACGGAUCCCCGGAUCCCAGCGUCCUCUCAGGCGGCUCCUCUCACUUCCAAACAGAACAAACCCAGAGCGGCCAACUCACGGGACGAGCGUUUCAGAUCUGACCUGCACACAGAAGCAGUGCAAGCAGCUUUAGCGAAAUACAAAGAGAGAAAAAUGCCAAUGCCCUCAAAGAGACGGUCUGUUCUCGUCCAGUCCUCCGUGGAAGCCUGUACACCACCUGACACAUCCUCAGCAUCAGAGGAUGAGGGACGCGUGGCGUCGUCAUCGCCGUUCCAGGCACCAAAUCCGAACGUGGAACACUGGUUCAACCGCGUCAUCCAUCACCACUGCUCAUCCACUUCCUCCUCCGCCUCCUCCACCUCAUCGUACCCGGGUGGGCGGAGCCAGCACAGCACUAACUCCGCCUCAAACUCCGCCACAGCUGCUACUGUUCUGGCAGACGUCAUGGCUCACACACAGCUUGAUAACCACUGUGCUCCUCCGGAUGUCACAGGGCUGUCUGAGCGUUCGCAGGUAGCCUCGGUGAGAGGUCUUCCCCGCGGAUACACACACACACACCCCAGCAGCGCUAUGGACACGGCUGACGGUGUCCCCGUGAACAGUCGUGUUUCGUCUAAAAUCCAGCAGCUCUUGAACACACUGAAGAGACCCAAGCGGCCCCCGCUGCGUGAGUUCUUCCUGGACGAUUUCGAGGAGCUCCUGGAUGUCCAGCAGCCGGACCCAAACCAGCCCAAACCGGAGGGGGUCCAGAUGACUCCUCUGCAUGGUGAGCUGUUAGACGUGGGGACAAAACGUCCGCCGUCGCUCCUGGCCUCUCUGCAGCGAUGGGGCACUACACACCCUAAAAGUCCCUGUCUCACUUCACUGGACAACACGGGCAAACCCCUCUACACCCUCACAUACGGGAAGUUAUGGACACGCAGUCAGAAACUAGCAUACACACUUCUGAACAAACUCAGCUCCCGGAAUGAACCACUGCUGCGGCCUGGGGACAGGGUCGCCCUCGUUUUCCCCAACAACGACCCUGUGAUGUUCAUGGUGGCGUUUUACGGCUGUCUGCUGGCAGAGUUAGUGCCUGUGCCCAUAGAGGUGCCACUUACACGAAAGGAUGCGGGCAGUCAGCAGAUCGGGUUUCUCUUAGGCAGCUGUGGCGUGACUCUGGCUUUAACUACUGAUGUGUGUCAGAAAGGCCUUCCUAAAGCUCACACUGGAGAGGUGGCCACGUUUAAAGGUUGGCCCCGUUUGCUCUGGUUUGUUACUGAUGGCAAACAUGUUGUGAAACCCCCUAAAGACUGGAAUCCUCCAAUCAGAGACAGCAGCAAUGAGACAGCCUACAUUGAGUAUAAGACGAGUAAGGAAGGCAGCACGAUGGGCAUCACCGUGUCACACGCCGCCAUGUUGGCUCACUGCCAUGCACUGACGCAGGCCUGCGGGUACACCGAGGGUGAGACCAUCACUAAUGUUCUGGACUUUAAACGUGAUGCAGGCCUUUGGCAUGGUGUUCUCACUAGUGUGAUGAACCGGAUGCAUGUGAUCAGCAUCCCAUAUUCCCUGAUGAAGGUCAACCCUUUGAGCUGGAUCCAAAAAGUACACACCUACAAAGCACGCGUUGCCGUGGUGAAGUCGAGGGACAUGCACUGGUCACUGCUGUCUCAGAGAGAUCAGAGAGACGUCAGUCUGAGCUCAUUACGCAUGCUGAUUGUGGCAGACGGAGCCAAUCCUUGGUCGAUCUCCUCCUGCGAUGCUUUCUUGAACGUGUUUCAGGCUCGAGGUUUGAGGCCUGAAGUGAUUUGUCCGUGUGCCAGCUCAGCCGAGGCUCUGACUGUCGCCAUCCGCAGGCCUCCAGAAAUGGGAAUCCCUCCUCCGGGUAAAGCGGUUCUCUCCAUGAGCAGUCUGAGUCACGGCGUGAUCCGAGUCGACACGGAGGAGAAACUGGCGGUGCUCACGCUGCAGGAUGUAGGACAAGUGAUGCCCGGAGCCCUGGUGUGUGUGGUGCGACCGGAAGGGACGCCGUACCUCUGCAGGACGGACGAGGUGGGUGAGAUCUGUGUGAGCUCCUGCACUACGGGCGUGUCCUACUACGGCCUGACGGGCAUCACCAAGAACGUGUUUGAGACGAUUCCGAUGACGGCGUCUGGCUCUCCCGUUACCGAUCGACCGUUCACUCGCACCUCGUUGCUCGGCUUCAUCGGACCGGACGACCUGCUGUUUGUUGUAGGGAAGAUGGACGGGCUGAUGGUGGUCAGUGGGCGGAGACAUAACGCUGAUGAUGUAGUGGCGACUGCACUGGCGGUGGAGCCGAUGAAAUUCGUCUACAGAGGACGGAUUGCCGUGUUCUCUGUGUGUGUGCUCCACGAUGAGAGGAUCGUCGUGGUAGCGGAACAGAGACCGGACGCAUCCGAGGAGGACAGCUUUCAGUGGAUGAGCCGAGUGCUGCAGGCGAUAGACAGCAUCCAUCAGGUGGGUGUGUACUGCCUGGCGCUGGUUCCCGCUAACACACUCCCCAAAGCAGCGCUCGGUGGGAUUCAUGUGUCGGAGACGAAGCAGCGUUUCCUGGAGGGAGCGCUGCACCCCUGCACCGUGCUCAUGAGUCCUCACACCUGCAUCACCAACCUGCCCAAACCCCGCCAGAAGCAACCAGAGGUGGGUCCUGCCUCCAUGAUUGUGGGGAACCUGGUUGCUGGGAAGCGAAUCGCUCAGGCCUGUGGGAGAGACGUGACUCAGUUGGAGGACCAUGAUCAGUUUCUGUACAUGCAGGAUGUUCUGCAGUGGAGAGCUCAGGCCACGCCCGAUCACCCGCUGUUCCUGCUGCUCAACGCCAAGGGCGCCGUGGCGAGCAGCGCGUCCUGCGUGCAGCUCCAUAAGCGCGCUGAGCGCGUCGCUGUGGCGCUCAUAGAGCGUGGCAGACUGAACGCAGGAGAUCACGUCGCACUGGUUUACCCACCCGGCAUCGACCUGAUCGCUACGUUUUAUGGCUGUCUGUACGCCGGCUGUGUUCCAGUAACGGUCCGUCCUCCCCACCCACAGAACCUGGCCACGACGCUCCCCACCGUCAAGAUGAUUGUCGAGGUCAGUAAGUCAGUGUGUAUCCUGACCACACAAGCAAUAAUGAAGCUCCUGAAAUCCAAAGAAGCCUCAGCUGCCGUGGAUGUAAAAACAUGGCCGAUGGUACUCGACACAGAUGAUCUGCCCAGGAAGAAACUCUCGCAGGUCUACAAGCCGCCGACGCCGGAGAUGCUCGCGUACCUGGACUUCAGUGUGUCCACUACAGGCAUACUCGCUGGAGUGAAGAUGUCCCACGCUGCUACCAGUGCCUUGUGUCGCUCCAUAAAGCUGCAGUGUGAGUUGUACCCUUCACGACAGAUCGCCAUCUGCUUGGACCCUUACUGCGGCCUCGGCUUCGCUCUCUGGUGCCUCUGCAGCGUAUACUCAGGACACCAGUCUGUUCUGGUCCCUCCUCUGGAGUUAGAGAGUAACGUGUCAGUGUGGCUCUCGGCUGUGAGUCAGUAUAAAGUCCGCGUCACCUUCUGCUCUUAUUCAGUGAUGGAGAUGUGCACUAAAGGCCUGGGCUCUCAGACCGAAGCUCUGCGGUUACGAAACAUCAACCUGUCGUGUGUGCGCACCUGCAUGGUGGUGGCCGAGGAGAGACCCCGCAUCGCUCUCACUCAGUCUUUCUCCAAGAUCUUUAAGGACCUGGGCCUCUCGCCUCGCGCUGUCAGCACCACCUUCGGCUGCAGAGUCAACGUGGCCGUCUGCCUUCAGCCCAACAGACUGGGCAACCUGGCUGAUCAGGGUACAGCUGGUCCUGAUCCCACCACCGUCUAUGUGGACAUGAGAGCACUUCGACAUGACAGAGUGCGGCUCGUUGAAAGAGGCUCUCCACACAGUCUGCCUCUGAUGGAGUCGGGGAAGAUCCUGCCUGGUGUAAAAGUAAUCAUUGCUCACACAGAGACCAAAGGACCGCUCGGAGACUCUCAUCUCGGAGAGAUCUGGGUUAGCAGCCCCCACAAUGCCACAGGAUAUUACACGGUUUACGGCGAAGAGGCGCUGCACGCCGAUCACUUCUGCACCAAGCUGAGUUUCGGUGACACGCAGACCGUAUGGGCGCGGACGGGAUACCUAGGCUUCCUGCGCAGGACGGAACUCACCGACGCCAGCGGAGAACGGCAUGAUGCCCUGUACGUAGUAGGAUCUCUGGAUGAGACGCUGGAGCUCAGAGGGAUGCGCUAUCACCCCAUUGAUAUUGAAACCUCUGUCAUCAGAUCACAUAAGAGCAUCGCUGAGUGUGCCGUGUUCACGUGGACUAACCUGCUGGUGGUGGUGGUGGAGCUGGAAGGCUUGGAGCAGGAGGCUCUGGAUCUCGUUCCCCUCGUCACCAACGUGGUUUUGGAGGAGCACUACCUGAUCGUGGGCGUGGUGGUGGUGGUCGACCCGGGCGUCAUUCCCAUCAACUCUCGUGGGGAGAAGCAGCGCAUGCACCUGCGCGAUGGCUUCCUCGCCGAUCAGCUCGACCCCAUUUACGUGGCCUACAACAUGUGAAACCAGGAGGGGGAAAAAAACACAGAAAGAAAGUGACACAGGAACUGAGACGGUUUCUCCUUCUGCACAUGAUGAAUGAACAUGAUGGAACUAUGCAGUGUGUGUGUGUGUGUGUGUGGGUGUGUUUUCCUCUAAGGAAGACUGUUACAAUGCCUCUGAUACAAAACAGUGUCUCCCCAUUUCAUAACUAACUGACUGCGUACCAUUUUGGUUUUGUCGUCAUUUCAAAUAUCAGGUUAAAGGAACAUUAAAAUAUAUACAAUUUUCCAUUCGGUUAAAUGAUUUUUUGGGUUUUUUUUUUUUUUUUUGGAUCUAUGAAGCCAAUGUAGUUAACAAAUAAUGGAAGUCUACCUCACUCAAAACUAUCUGUCUCGCCCAAAUUGUCAUAUCAUAUCGAUUGGCUGUGUAAUCUCAUUUUAAGAAAAUAAAAAAAACUGUAGUGAAUUGUAUUGUACUACUACAGUACCUCUACAGUACCUUCAUAUUUUGGGUGUACAGGCAUUGGUCCAAGAUGGCCGCCACCUAUAAUGUUACAGCGUUCCAAGAGAGAAUGAAAUUUUAUGUAUGCUUAUAGAUUACAGUCAGGACUGGCUGGUCUUAAGCCCUUCAUCUCUGUAAAUAACGCUACGUGCCGCAUUUGUCUUUCUUUCUGUUGAUAAAUAGCUCCGUUCGGGGCCGCAUGUCUCUCCAUGACUAUCGGUGCAAGUAUUCGUACUCGCGCAGCAGCCGCGUCACAGCUCGAGUGCGCCAGACCAAACCUAUUUACACUCCGUCCCCAUCUAUAAAAGCUCACGGUUUCACUCCGAGAGUUCUCAUGGCUGAAAUGUAACGCACCUGUAAGCGGAUAUUUGAAUUGGAUCGCAAUGUUUAGAUAAGAUAAGAUAAGAUAAUAGUUUAUCAAUCCCCAGAUGGAGAAAUUAGGGAUUACGGUACAGUACUUUCGGAGUCUGAAUUCGGAUCGACGAAAAUGGGCGCGUGUAAAAGCACCUAAUGAGUAUUUGUGUUCCUGUGCGUAUUAGUUUUACACCUAUGCUCAUACAAUGAGAAGCCACGCUUCUGAUUCAGGCUGCAGUUUAAUUCCCGAUAACGUCGUUUUCCCAGCCAGCCGUCACAUGGCGUCCAGAACUGGUUGCGGUUUGAGUCAGGUAUUUAUGCGAAUGAUUUUGAGUGAGAGAGACUUUCUAUUAGCUACAUUAACCUCGUAGCUCUAGCGGAAAAACUAUAGAUGCAGACUUCAGACAUCAAACGUUUUUUUUUUAACAUGUUUUGAAGUCCGGAGGAAACGAUCUUCAUAUUCGAUCCCAGAGCAGAACUUUUCUCAAACUCUCACUUCUCGGCACGUGCCAAUGUGCAAAGAAUCAUGGGGGGGCGGGAGGAGACGUCCGUUCGUCAGGACUGCAGCUACCAAGAAGAAGCGUGAGAACUUAAUGCACUCCAGCUCUAAAGCGAGGUGGUUUCGUCGUAUUCCGACACACUGACACGCUUCGAGUCUUUACUACGACGUGAGAGAUUUUACAGAAAACCGAAAGUGCGAUACGACGAGAGCCUGAUCUGAUAUCGUGGUGUGUGUACUAUAGCGGCACUGCUAUUGUCUGGGUUUGAUGCUCAGGAGUGCGGUUUUUCUCUUUUGCUUGCACACAGUGUACACACAGCUUUAAAAUAACUCAACGCUAAUUAGGCUAGACACCUAGCAAAACAAGCUAAAUUUGAGCAAAACAAGCCCCAAGCUGUGUUAUUAACCACAUCCUUCAAAGGAUCAUUUAUAUAGGCAAAUUUUUUAAAUUUAUUUAUUUAUUUAGUGCUCACACAACACUACUGUUUGAUAACUAGCAUGUUAGUCUUACUAGCUAGCAUGCUAGUCAGACAGGUAAGGUGAGUGUGUGUUACCUUAGCUAGUUCAUUUUAACCACAGUAUCACUUCUGGCGAUCUACAAACCAUACGAUUUUAAACAAAACAACCACCAUUAGGUACACAACUAGCUAUCCGGCUACAUUUGUAAACGUUCUGCUCAGUAUGAUGCGCUAUGAUGGUUUAUGAACACGCAAUGUUUGUCAGAACUCUCAUGGGGACGUUGGUCCGGUGUACUAAUACUAUAUGUGAAGCUGUCCUCAAAUCUGUCCUAAAUGAGGAACUCGGACCUUCGAUUUUUUUUUCUUUUCUUUUCUUUUUGUCAGUGAACGUUAUAGCAUUGUGUCUAAUGUGAAGUACUUUGCAGUUACUGUUUUCAGGAGUUUUGGAAUAAGACUCCUACGUAAAGACUCUACGUUAACGUUAAUAACACAGUUCUGUGUGUGCAAUUGGGAAAAACUGUAACGAACUGAAUUGAAGUAUCACCAUCAUUCAGCUUUAUGUUGACGCCUUUAUGGGCCACCAUACUUACUUCAACAGCAAAUCAGAAGACACGACAGCAAUCACGUAUAGUAACGAUCAUCAGGGGUGUAGCAAGACGUGAAAUUCACAUUCGAUACAGGAUACGGUGGUGUCUCGAUGCGAUAUCAAUACAGAGAAAUAUACGUAUUGAAUGAAAGCGUGCUUUUGAUUUCCGUUUUUGAAUCGAUCCAAAUGUUUAAGAUGAACAGUUACGGAAGCCCUUAUUUGAUUCUUUCUCGUUUUCUCGUGCUCUCGUCAUGACUUCAUUUUUGUAUGUUCUCGAAAUAACAACAUGUUUUUAGUUGUUCUGGGGGCAGCAGAAGCGUAGCGCGAUCCCGGAGCAGGGGACACCCAUCACUCUUCAUGCGGAGAUAAGGUCCAUCUCUACAGCGGGUAGUUAUUACAUAUAUGAUGAUGAUGAUGAUGAUGAUGAUGGCAAAGACAACAACAUGCAUACAAUACCAGUCCCAUUCACAAGGCGUGAGAUUUUCUCCUGAUAAAAUGAUGUUGUGAGAAAACAACUUUUGCUAUGUCGAAAUCACGAGUAAACAAUUUUUGUUAAGUCAUAAUCACGAGUAAAUAACGUCGAAAUCACGAGUAAACAACUUUUGUUAAGUCGAAAUCACGAGUAAACAGCUUUUGUUAUAUUGAAAUCACGAGUAAACAACUUUUGUUAAGUCGAAAUCACGAGUAAACAACUUUUGUUAAGUCGAAAUCAUGAGUAAACAACUUUUGUUAAGUCGAAAUCACGAGUAAACAACUUUUGUUAAGUCGAAAUCACGAGUAAACAACUGUUAUUUCGAAAUCACGAGUAAACAACUUUUGUUUAGUCGAAAUCACAAGUAAACAACUUUUUGUUAAGUCGAAAUCACGAGUAAACAACUUUUGUUUAGUCGAAAUCACGAGUAAACAACUUUUGUUUAGUCGAAAUCACGAGUAAACAACUUUUUGUUAAGUCGAAAUCACGAGUAAACAACUUUUGUUUAGUCGAAAUCACGAGUAAACAACUUUUGUUUAGUCGAAAUCACGAGUAAACAACUUUUUGUUAAGUCGAAAUCACAAGUAAACAACUUUUUGUUAAGUCGAAAUCACGAGUAAACAACUUUUUGUUAAGUCGAAAUCACGAGUAAACGUUUUGUCAUGUCGAAAUCACGAGUAAACAUUUUUUGUUAAGUCAAAAUCACGAGUAAACUGUUAUUUCGAAAUCGCAAGUAAACAACUUUUGUUAAGUCGAAAUCACGAGUAAACAACUGUUAUGUUGAAAUCAGGAGUAAACAACUUUUAUGUCGAAAUCACGAGUAAACAACUUUUGUUAUAUUGAAAUCACAAGUAAACAACUUUUUGUCAUGUCGAAAUCACGAGUAAACAACUUUUUGUCAUGUCGAAAUCACGAGUAAACAACUUUUGUUAAGUCGAAAUCACGAGUAAACAAGAAAGAAAAAAAUAAGAAUGCAUAGCCUCUUAGGGCUUCUGUAAAAAGAACAAUAAUUAAAAGGUAAUAAUGUGGCGGUGUGAUGUCGUGUGAUGGAUUCAGACUCUUCUAUCUCUGCGUUAGAUUUCCACUGGGGUCACUCCAGGUGGCAUGUCUGAAGCGCAGAGCUUUUUCUUAUUCUUCUGUUAGCUAGUUGUACCGUCACACUCACGUAGCUCUCUGUAGCUCUAGGUGUGUUCUUAAAUCCUGGGUUCUCCAGUCCCGGAUAUAUGAACUUCCCAAUCGCCGUGGCGAUUUCUGUAUCCUGGAUUGAACCGGCAACGACAGGCCUGAAUGAAGAGAGUUUGCUGAGUGCGUGCUUCGCUUUGUGGCUUCAUCUAGUUGAUGUCGCACAUGUUUGUGCUAUUAGCACCGAUGUAUUGUACAGGUAUUCGGCGUUCUGUGACAUCUCGCUCCGGCGUAACUUCUCAGGAAGCGCUUUCUACACCAGACCUCAAAGAUUUCAGGGAAUCUUCCAGUUCCUGUCUGAUGCUAAGCGAAGCCAUUGCUGCCUUUCCCGAUCUAAUACGCUAUUUAAAAAAAAAAAACAAUUAUUAAAUUGAAAUGUUUAUUACACCUCACGUAACAUAAGCGGUAUUUUAUGAGGAAUAAACAAUACGAAGAUGCAUCGCAUUGAGAGCCUCUUAUCGAACAAUGUGAUACAGCAUAUCAUUACAGCGCUAGUGCGGAUAUAAAGUCAUUACAGCGAAGAGAAAUCCUUUCUUUUGAAUAACCCGGCUUCCUUUAAGGCUUUAAUUCGCCAUUGCAUUUGAAACUUUAUUGCAGUGUUUUCUGAUUUGCUGUUGCACUUCCGGGUUUUUUACAGACCGCCGUAAAUCGCGCAUCGGAAAUCAAACCGCAUCAGGACGAAGGUCAUGCGUUCCUCGAUCAGCAUCUCGACAUCAGCCUUAAAUAUUCCCUGCUACCUGUCAGUUUAUCCUUCCUAUCAGGGUGCCGUGUGAAUCGUAUUUAAGAUAUCCUUAUCACCGUCUUUGUGUGCGUCACUCACGUUUUGUAUUUAAAUAGCGGAUUUAUACCCGUCUUAAGUUUUCUGCUUGAGCUUCGAGACCACUCAUGCCUAAACUAGCAUGUAUCAGACUUGAAAAUGAAUGUAUUCGGGGUGACAUUUUCCAAAGUGACUUAACGUACUGUGUUUCACUGAUCCGGAAGCUAGCGUUCGGUCCACACCCACCUUCUCCCAGGACAUGAGAAGGAACGCAGAAAGGCGGCCGAGUAAUUUCAGGAAACAUGACGAUCGCAGGUGCAAAGGGCUUCAUUCCAGUGCUUGUUUUUAAAGUGUAAGAAUAGUCGCUUGUAUUUUUCAGAGUCAUUAUUCGCUGUACAAUGAGAAGGCCAGCAUUGUAAAGAGGACGCUUAUUUCCAUGGCUGCAUUCUGUAGAAUUAUUAUUAUUAUUAUUAUUAUUAUUAUUAUUAUUAUUAUUAUUAUUAUUUUGUGUGUGUGUGUAUGUGAGAAAGCUGUGUCAGGUAUUAAGCCUGCUGUAAUUAUGUACAGAAUUUGUGUAAGUUAUUACCGAGAUCCUAGAACAUGAUAGGAACAGAAGAACCUUCAGAGCUAACCAAAUUUUCAUCUUUUCUUCACCAAACAUCAGCAGCAGGAAUCAAUAUGUAUGCUGUUCCUUUCCGGGAGGAUGCAGGGACUGGUUUUGUUUCCAGGAUUACAAAGCACAUGUGGUUUCCUCAGUGUCGAAGCAGUUAACGAAUGACGACGUGUUUUUGUUUUUGUUUUUGUUGUUGUUGUUUGUCUUAUGUGUUAACAUGAUUUUUCUUAAUAAAUAACUCGCUUUUAAUGGAA